GCUCUGAUUGGCUCGCCGCUUCCCCUGAGCGAACCUUUAGAACUCUGAGACAGACAAUAUUCUGUUACAUUGUAGCAAAAUGGCGACUGUCAUUCACAACCCCCUGAAAGCGCUUGGGGACCAGUUCUACAAGGAAGCCAUUGAGCACUGCCGCAGCUAUAACUCGCGACUCUGUGCAGAGCGCAGCGUGCGCCUCCCCUUCCUGGACUCGCAGACCGGGGUGGCCCAGAACAACUGCUAUAUCUGGAUGGAGAAGAGGCACCGCGGCCCAGGCCUCGCCCCGGGCCAGCUAUAUACAUACCCAGCCCGCUGCUGGCGUAAGAAGAGACGAUUGCACCCACCUGAGGAUCCUAAGCUUCGGCUGCUGGAAAUAAAACCUGAAGUGGAGCUGCCCCUGAAGAAGGAUGGCUUCACCUCAGAAAGCACCACCCUGGAAGCCUUGCUCCGGGGUGAGGGUGUGGAGAAGAAGGUGGAUGCCAGAGAGGAGGAGAGCAUGCAGGAAAUACAGAGGGUUUUGGAAAAUGAUGAAAAUGUAGAAGAAGGAAAUGAAGAAGAAGAUUUAGAAGAAGAUAUCCCCAAGCGCAAGAAUAGGACCAGAGGACGGGCCCGUGGCUCGGCAGGUGGCAGGAGGAGGCACGACGCUGCCUCUCAGGAAGACCAUGACAAACCUUACGUCUGUGACAAGAGUUACAAACAAAAGCAUAACUCAAAAUCCUCCGACAAAGUCUGCGGCAAGCGCUACAAGAACCGGCCAGGACUUAGCUACCACUACGCUCACACUCACCUGGCCAGCGAGGAGGGAGAUGAGGCUCAAGACCAGGAGACCCGGUCCCCGCCUAACCACAGAAAUGAGAACCACAGACCCCAGAAAGGACCGGAUGGGACAGUCAUUCCCAACAACUACUGUGACUUCUGCUUGGGGGGCUCUAAUAUGAACAAGAAGAGUGGGCGGCCUGAAGAGCUGGUAUCCUGUGCAGACUGUGGACGAUCUGGUCACCCAAGCUGCCUGCAGUUCACCCUGAACAUGACCGAGGCCGUCAAGACCUACAAGUGGCAGUGCAUAGAGUGCAAAUCCUGCAUCCUCUGUGGAACCUCGGAGAAUGACGACCAGCUACUCUUCUGUGAUGACUGUGACCGUGGCUAUCACAUGUACUGUUUAAAUCCCCCAGUGGCUGAGCCCCCAGAAGGAAGCUGGAGCUGCCACCUGUGCUGGGAAUUGCUCAAAGAAAAAGCCUCUGCCUUUGGCUGCCAAGCCUAGGGCCCCGGGUCACGGAACGUGACCUGCUGCUGGAGAGGCUGAGGCGGAGCCCACUUCAAACCAGAUCACGCCCCCACUCCCAAAUAUCCAGACAGACCCACCGUAAGGAAAACCCGUGGUCACAGAGGGCUUGGACGUGUGGAACCGAGAGGGUGAGGUGUCUGCUCACCUCCUACGCACAGGUUCCAGGAUUUCAGCCAGCCCCUCCUCAUUUCCACCAGAAGGAUCUUGCACUUUUGAAGAACACCCUGAGCCCCGGCCCUGUGGAACCCCCUCACAUUUACCCUGGCCCUGCAGCCCUCUCACUGGUUCCCAUUUUAAGGGAAGCUCUUUUGUGACCACCUAUCAGUCACUCACAUUGUAGUUUGGUGUUUUCUAUCUAUUGUGUUCCAAGAAAUCUUCACACAGCCUCUCGCCUCCUGCUUUGGCUCUUUAUCCUGAACUCAGCAGAGGAACAAAAGGCUGUGGAGAAGUUGUUAUUUAUGACAAGCCUCCCUGGAAACUUCUAGACUCGGAAUCGGGAGGCCGUCUUGAUGAUGAAAAUCCCUUUGUUCCUUGGUCUCUGUGAAGAAGAAAAGUGGUUUUCGGCACCCCCCCCUCCCCGCCCCAGAUACCUAGUGCUGUCUGCAGCCAGGGUGGUCUCUUGAUGGGGCUGGAGAAAGAAGGAGAAGUGCUGAGGGGUGGGCGGAAGUGUUGGGAAGAAAAUUCGGAGGCCACAGCCAAUCAGUAUUUGUUAUCCAUCGGGAGUGGCUUUGCAAGGGAUCAGGCGUUGCGGUUCCUUGUUGACCUUCAGAGCUGGGGUGUCCUUGAGGUGAGACGAGCCACAGCCUAUGGCCGGGGAACAACGCUAAGGCUCUGCCUUCCCACCAGCCUGGGUCUGGAGCUUUCCCUGGUGGGACUCAAGAACCAGGAAAGCAGGUGAAGGCUGCCCAGUCCAGAAUACAAGUACAAAGGACUGCAGCUUUGCUAAGCCCAUCAGUAUUGACGUGGUACCACAGGUUCCUUUCCCCACGUAAUUUCUUCCUUCUACACACCGUGUGUUUAACACUGUCUGCCGACACCCGACUCUGGAGGUUUUAGGGUGGGGGAAGAGAUGACUGUCACCUAAACAAAUAAGCGGGGUGAGCGGAUUAUUUAUGAUCAUAGUGGCAACGAUGCAGAAUCCUCAGCUUGAGGGCUUCCCUUGCCCCCUGAGCUCCCCAAUACAUGCUGGACUCUUGUUUUAAAAAAAAAAAGAUGUUUUGAGAAGAAAAGGUGGGAGGCUGAGCGUUCGAGAAGUCUCUGUUGGAAGUCAGCCCUGAGGGCCGGAGCGGCUCGGGCUGUCUUUGCGUCUCGGUGGCGGUGGCCACGGCAGCAGCUCACAAUAACUGACACAUUUCUGGAAAAAUCAUUUGCCCAAAGGGCAGGACUCGGUGAGCGGGACCCCCGCGCAUGCUCGGCUGCCCUGAAAUCAGCUCCAUCUCUGUGGUCCGGCUGCUCACAACAAAGGCCGAGGUUAUUUUUAGUCCUUCAGCUCCUGAAGAAGCCCCUGGAGACUCGGGCUGGUUGGGCCACUUCUGCCGGGCUGCAGUGUUCCACGACUUGGCAAGAGCCUCCCUCCCGGGCUCACUGCUCUUGGCCAGGGGACCCAGGGCAGCCUGGCCUGGAGCCGAGCGGUGCCGGUGCCCCCCCGGGCCUCGCAGAGUGACCUGUGGCAAGAGACAGGGGUCACUCUCCUGUAGGGGCCCGUGGCCUCCCAGUGAGCUGUGUGCAUACAUAACAAUCUGGUUUAAAGGGCCCUGUCCAGAUGGCAGUUUCAUCUUCCUCAUACGAUACGUCCUUCCCCCUGCUGGUUGGGGAACCUGUUUUGGAUUCUGGAGGUCCAGGGAGGGUUUGGGGAGCUGCUGUGCUGUCUUGUCACCUGUUCCCCUGAAGUGUCACAUCAGAUGAGCAGACUUCCUCUCCCAACUGCUCUGGCUCUCUGUCCUCCCACAAAACCCAAAGUGGGGUGUUCUCAAAGGCUGAUUGUUGGUUUUGAAAAUCACUUUGACUUAAUUUCAUAGAAAAGGUUACCAAAAUGUUCCCACACGUCACAAUGGCUUAAAGGUGAAAAAACGAAGUCUGAAACCCCAAACCGUGGCCCUCCUCCAAAUCCUCUUUGGAGUGUGUGCAAAUUCAUUCCCCACCUCGGCGCAGAUGAUGGGGUGGCCCUGUUCUGCCCGCAUCACACCUGCUGCCCGCGGAAGCUGCGAGGAGGGAUUGAGUCUUGCAAGGGAGGGUGCUGUAGCCCCACGGUGGAAGUGGGGAGGGGUGCUCAAGGCUCUAAAAUGGAUGUUCAGAGGGUCCAGAGUUCCCUUCCCAGUUUCAUUGCCUGUAGGAUGGGUCCAACCUCUUCCUCUUUGGAGAUCUCAGUUUCCCCAUCGGGAAAGUGGGAUAGCAAAGCCAGCUUAUGGGACGGCACUUUCAGGGUACUGCAAGCAGACAAAAUCUCUAGAGUCACAUUUAUCACUUUCUGUACUGAAACAAAGAAAGUGAUGAUAAACUUCAAAUUGGUCUUUCUCUGAGCCCCAGAGAACGAGCUAGAAUCAUGGGGUGCAUAUGGAUGAUCCGGGUUUUGAUUUUGCCUUUGCUAUUCAGUAGCUGUGUGACCUUGGGCAAGUCACUCAAUGUCUCUGAACCUCAGUUUGCCCACCUAUGAAACAGAGAUAAUCAUACUUGCCCUGCCUGUUCCACAGUGACAUUGGGAGACUGAAAAAGCAUAAUGUUAUAUAGAUAACCACUGGAAAGCAGGGCUUUCCAGGGAGGGAUCCCCAGUGCUUUCUAUGCCCCCUUCUUGUGUGAAUUAGCCAAGUUUAGAUGGCCUUCUCAGAAUCUCCCUUUUGAUCAAAAUGGGUUUAUGUUUUAGGGGCUGGGCUGCCUGUGAUCAGAGCCAGUGGGCCAAAGCUGUGACAAGGACCCAUGCAUGGGUUUCCUGUUGGUGGGAGGUGAGGGAUUUUCCCUGGGGUUGGGGAUUUCAGAAUGAAGAUACUUGGGAUACUCCCUUCUACAAGAUCAUCACCGCCUAGACUGGGAGCCAACUUCUGGAGAGGGCUAUAAUUCAGUUCCGUGUAACAUUCACUUAGAAACUUUGGUGUAAAACCCAGCUCUGCUACUUUCUAGCUGGUUGACCUUGGGCAAAUGACUUAACCCCUCGGGGGCUCAUUUUCCACAUCUGUGAGGCAGGGAGAUGUGGCCUCUCCCGUUGGUGCAGGGCUGAGCACGAGUGCUGGUGAAGGUCCUGGCACGGGGCCUGGCCUGACGGAGGCCCCACAGUGGCGGAUCUCUUGUCACUGGGUAUAGAGGCCACCGAGUGGAGAUAAUGAGGCCCUCGCCUGCCGGCUCGAAUCCCUAGAGCAGCCAGAGUGACUUUGUUCCACUGCACCCCGAUCUUGUGGCUCCAGCCUGGCCAGAAGAGGGGGCGAGGCCGUGGGAUCCACGCCGGGAGUGGAAAGCCUCUGUUUUUGAAAGACGGCUUUUUGCGCCUGCUUGGAGACUGGCAUUCUGAUUUCCUUCUCAACCCCCCACUGACGCAUAGCACCCAGAGCAGGACCCGUGGGUCCCGCGGCGUCCCUGCUCCUGUCAUGGCCCCAGGCCGGGUGGGAAGUCCAGGCAGGCCGCGAGGAGCAGCUGCUCCCCGGGGCCCCGCUCAGACAGGAGACCGGAACG